UUGUGUUGGAUAUGAUCGUAUAGCUAUGCAAUAUAGGUAUUCUGGUGAGCAGCCCCUCGGCCUCCCCCCUAGAUUAUUGUGCAACGGUCAAGCAACGUGGUCUUCUGUAUGUUGCUCACUCAAUAGGCUGCCAUUGCAUUCCCCUUGUCACUUAACGUACUUUAGCCGUAGCUAAGAACUGAAGCGCAAGCAUGGACACAGAUGCUCCAGAGGUUGAGUCAGGACAGCGGCAAGAUGUAGACACGGCGGUCGUCUCCAAGAAGAGCCGAAAGCCUCGAACUAGAGGACUGUCAAAGAAGCUGCAAAACCAGGUUGAGUUCUAUUUUGGUGACGCCAACCUGCCCAAAGAUAAAUUCCUGCAACAGAAAAUGUCUGAAGAUGCUAACGGAUUUAUACCGGUCCAAGUGAUAGCUGACUUCAAGAAGAUGAGAUUGCUGACUGGAGACACUGGACUAGUUGUGAAGGCCAUUAGAAACAGCUCGUUACUGGAGUUGUCUGAUGACUCCCUGAGUGUCCGUAGGGUCUUGCCACUUCCUGACCACACCCCCUCCGAUGUGGAUGAACGGACAGUGUAUGUUGAGAACCUGCCCACACCCUCUACCACUCAUGACGACGUCAAGAAAAUGUUCAAGACUUUUGGGGACGUCAUUUACGUGAGUCUACCCAGGUUUAAGGUGUCAGGUGACAUCAAAGGAUUUGCUUUUGUAGAGUUCUCGAAAAAAGAAGAAGCUGAUUCAGCAGUAACGUAUUUCAAGAGCAAAGAGUCGACUGAUUCUUUGUCUGAUAUUAAACUGGCUGAUGUGUCAUGUGACUCUGAUGCCAUGCCCACAAGGAGGAAGAGAAAACGAGAAGAAGAUGCCGACCAGGCAAUUGAAGUGGCUUCAACUAAACAGCUAAAGAAAUUCAAGAAGAGCAAAGAAACAGAAGAUACUGAAAUCACUACUACCACUCAACCAACAGCUCAACCGCAAUCAACAACAGCCCCUGAGGGAUCAAGACAAGCAGACACACCCACAAGUGGUGGUAGCAAGUCGAGCAAAGCUGGUCCUGAAACACCCGAUGAUGGUGAAGCUUCGGUAGAGGCCACAAGGAAACGGAAACACGACUCUAACGAAGAUGAGAGCCGACCUAGUCUAAAAGUUGCUCGUAUUGACUCACAAAGUUCGGACACACAAGACGGUGGGGAGGGAGGAAAGAAAAAAAAGAAGAAUCGACAACACAAGAAGAAGUCUGUUAGUACUUCUGCAGCGAAAGAAUUUGACCGACUCCGAGUGAUGUCGAAAACGGAAUGGUUAUCGAUGAAGCAGAUCUUCAAAGACGUUCAAAAGGAUCACAUGAAAAAACUAAAAGAGGAGCCAAGUUCACCUCAAGCUAAACCAAAAGAGGAGCGUGGCUUUGUGGGGGAGUGUCUGGUGAAGGUGGAGUGUGAGGACGGGGCCAGCGUAGAGAGGCUUCAGGAGGUGUGCUCAGUAUUUGGUGAGGUGGCGUACGUAGACGUGAAGUACGGAGAGAAAGAAGGUUUUGUCCGCUACAAGACGUCUGGAUGUGUGUCACGGUUACUCGAGGCUGACCAAGAGGCUCACCCGAACAUCACCUUCCACACAGUACCAGAUGCUGAGGAGAGGGCGUACUUCCUCAAGACUCAGGCCGAGCGGAGACAGAGACACUUGAAGGGGAAGAAGCACAACCAGAUGAGGGGACAAGAUAAGGUGAUCAAUAAGGCGCUGAGGAGAGGUCGUGGUUAUGAGGAAAUGAGAUACACUGAUAAGUCAGUUGAUAAGUCAUGUGACAAGUCAGGUGUCAAAUCCAGUGAUCCUGUGAAAAGCAAACGCGUCCACAUUAAGUUCUCUGAUAGUGACACUGAACAAUAAUCACUCCUCAUGCAUGCAUGCUACAUGCAAUCGUACAAUUAUGUCAUCACUUAUUUUGAUGCAAUAACAACUGUUGGUUAAAAAAUAAAUUACUGCUAUGG